UUCCGGUCAAAGCGGAAGUUGUUCAUGACGACCUUGAGUAGCGCUUGCAAGCAUGGCGAAUAAAGAGCCUAGCAGGUUCCUUCAGCACCUGCGAGAUUUGAUGGGACGCAUUUCCUCAGGUUCGAGGGGUGCUGGAAUCGGACUCAAGUUAUUAAUUGGAGCUGGUGCACUUGCAUAUGGAGUAAGAGAAGCCACUUAUACAGUGGAGGGUGGCCAUCGAGCAAUUAUCUUUAACAGAAUUGGAGGGGUCCAGUUAGAUACCGUCCACACUGAGGGCCUCCACUUCAGGAUACCAUGGUUUCAAUAUCCAAUCAUAUAUGAUAUCCGAGCCAGACCAAGAAAAAUAUCAUCUCUAACAGGAAGCAAAGACCUGCAGAUGGUGAACAUUGCGUUGCGUGUGUUGUCACGACCUUUGGCCUCCAACCUCCCCGUCAUGUACCAGCAGCUGGGGCAGGACUAUGAUGAGCGCGUGCUGCCGUCCAUUGUAAAUGAAGUUCUGAAGAGCGUGGUUGCCAAAUUCAACGCCUCCCAACUAAUUACGCAAAGAGCUCAAGUGUCUCUGCUCAUCCGACGGGAGCUCUUUGAACGUGCUAAAGACUUCAACAUUAUUCUGGAUGACGUGGCCAUCACAGAGCUGAGCUUCAGCAAGGAGUACACCGCAGCAGUGGAGGCCAAGCAAGUUGCCCAGCAGGAGGCACAAAGAGCUCAGUUCUUUGUGGAGAAAGCUAAACAAGAACAGAAGCAGAAGAUCAUCCAAGCUGAAGGAGAAGCUCAGGCAGCCAAAAUGUUAGGGGAGGCUGUCACAAAGAACCCUGGAUACCUGAAACUAAGAAGAAUCAGAGCAGCGCAGAACAUCUCCAAAACGGUGGCCGCUUCACAGAACAAGGUGUACCUGAGUGCUGAUAGUUUGGUUAUGAAUCUACAGGAUGACUCUUUUAACAAAUUGUCGCUCGGAAAGAAGUAACUCAUUCAUAAGGCUCACUCAAUCCGUCGUCCAAGGUUCUAAUACAAGUAAGCAUGUGUUCUUUGAGAUGGAAUUUUCUGAUUGGAUCACAAAUGGAGAUGUCAGUCUGGGAAGACUCGUUAAAUAUCUAAUGGUGUCGUUCUGGCUUAUCAGUUAAAUUUGACACCAAAAUCUGCUGAUUACAGAGACACUGAAGAUUUGUGUUAUUCAGCACAAUGAAUAAAGACUCUAAUGUAAAAGAUAA